AAUCAAUUGUGUUUUCUGGUAGCUACUACAGUACUAUGUAAGGUCCACAAAGUAUUCAAACUGGAGUAAUGAUAUUCCCACUGAAGCAAUACAGUUAAACGUUAGAAAAUGAAAUUAGGUUAUGUUUUACGUACACGAUUCUUGGCAAACUGGCGCCACCUUUGAUUGAGAGGUUAGCUGAUCGAGAAACAAGGUGAGCGAGAGAUAAACCGAAGAAAUUGGUUUCUAUGGAAUGACCUUCGGAUUUUAAAUUGGAAUUUACGUUUACAUCACCAUGUCAUCGGUUCCGUACUGGCGAAAAAAUUUGUACAAUGAUCACGGUUUGCCCGACAACUACACGCAUAGUUCUUUCCUGGAGGAAUUACGAAAAAACGUGAAACCUAACAAUGUGCUAAAAAAUGAAGCAAUCACCCUCGGGGCUGGUAUUUCUAUACAAUUAAGUAUCGUUGUCCUGUUCAUAAUAGUAUUUGUAUGGUUAAACAACGAAUGGACCACACCAAAUAUCAUCUUUACAGUUAGCGCCAUGUUAACCGUACUUGCAUAUUUUCUAUACAGCCUAAAAUUCCCAAAUACGUUGGAUAGAAUAUCGACAGAUUUUCGAACGGUAUUAAUUUUCUUAACUUUUGGAUAUAUCGUGUCCCCGAUCUUAAAAACACUUACCGAAACUGUGAGCACUGAUACCAUUUACGUAAUGACUGUCUCCAUGUUUCUUACUCAUUUAAUUUUUAGUAAAUAUGGCUCUCCACCGGUUUCUCUGUCCGACUCUUUGUCGAUAACUUCCUCGUUAUUUGGAUCGUUGAUGCUAACAUCUAGACUCGCUUCCCCUUUGCAUGCUUUUUCGUUACUCACCAUUGCCGUUCUUUGUUUCGUAUUAUUACCUUUCGUGCUUUCUCAAAUCGAGAGCAAAAAAUUAGUAGCACUUAUAUUUGCUAUCACUACAUGGUAUUUUUUGUAUCCAAUUUCCAUAACUUUUUCUUGGGUAUUCGUCAUUGCCACGAUAUUUCUUUACGUCAUCUGUCCAUUGUGGUACGUGAAAUGGCAGACAUAUAAAGAAAAUAUUUAUGGACCAUGGGACGAAGCUGUGAUUACAUCAUAGUUGUAAGACAUUGUAUCUAAUAAGUUGCGCGUGCAGUGUAUGUAUAGGAAAAACGAGGCACGAUAUUUUGUACUUGCUCAAUCGUAUCAUUUUCGUAUAAUUCUUAUACGAAGGCGCAUCGAGAACUUUCAUGUCACGCGAUACGAAUAUAACGUUCAGUCUUUUCAUAUAUUUAUAAUACAUCGUUAUGCAUUUACAAGGGAGUUACGCAUCGUUUCCGAUGAAGCGCGCGAUGCGUUCUCGAAAUCGGAUCAUACCCGAGACAUACAAAAGGUGCAUCUCGAAAGUGAAAGUUUUUAUUUAUAAAUAAAAAAGGACAAAAUCUCA